UACAGCAUCACCCUGCGCCUUUGUUGUGAGACGGUAGCAAGGCGAGUGUUUAUCCUUCGAGCUAGCUAACCUGCUCAGUUUCAUAGGAGGAAAACCUAAAAAUAGCUUGAAAUGAUUAGUAUUACGUUUUGACAUACCUGAAUUAUCCCGACGUGGGAUCCGUAGCGAAUUAAGUUGAAGAAGUCGGUCGCUAUCAAAGAGGAAGUUUGACAGCUCGAGAAGAGUACACAUGUCGUCUGCGGCAGAGACAGUAGAAAAUGCCUCCAUCAUGUCAGAGAGUGUGGCCCAUGACGGAAACCGCUUGUGGAUAGGCAAUAUCGAUCCCAAAAUUACAGAGUAUCACUUGGUGAAGUUGUUGGAGAAGUUUGGAAAUGUGAAACAGUUUGACUUCCUGUUUCAUAAGUCUGGGCCUUUGGAGGGACAGCCACGGGGAUACUGCUUUGUCAACUUCAACACCAGAGAGGAGGCAGAGAGGGCGAUCCAGUGUUUAAAUGGGAAGCUAGCUUUGUCCAAGAAGCUUGUCGUGCGCUGGGCGCACGCACAGGUGAGGAGGUUUGAAGGUUUCCGUAACGACAAGACGAUGCCUCCGAGCCUGGAGCCGUCGUGCAGCGGGGCGGCAGAGGAUGGACCCGUAACUACCAACCACCUCAGUACGAGUGCUAAGAUCCGCGCCAUUGAGGCCAAGCUCCAGAUGAUGGAGGAGAAUCCAGAUGAUGACUACUCGGGCCCAUCGGCAUACGUUUACAACAAACCGCCAGAGAGGAAACGCUGGGAGCCCUACUCUAAAUCACACCACAAUAACCAGAGCAGGCCCUUCCGCAAGUUUAGGAGAUGACCCAUCCUCCCACUCACUCUGGAGACCCCCCUCCCCUCCUUCCCUCACACACCUCAGCCACCACCUACACACAAACAGACUCUACACUAGAUACUAUAAAGACUAUACACAUCCUAUCUGGGAAUUUUGACAAUACUUUGAAGACGCGGACUCUUUGGGGUGUAAUCACAGCAAUCAUGGACAGGAACCAAAAGUGGUUUUUAGUUCUUCUUGGGUUCCAGUUAUCAGUUAUUAUCCAGUCUUAACAUAUGCCCCGUACCUGACCGCUGUGCAGGUUGGAUCCCUUAUCAGUCUGCUUUCUCACUUUUGCAGAGAUGUAAUGCAGGUGAAUCAUCCAGCUGUGAGCCACAUGAAGCACAGCUGCCCAGGAAAGAGAAAUGUUAUUAUUAAAGAGUCUAAAUGCCGAGUCGCUUAUUGUAUUUGACAUGUGUUUUUACUUUGAGAUCAUUUUAUUUAAAGGUGAAAUCCAGUUUGUUUGUUUGUUUAUGUGAGACUUCACUGAAGAGGGAGAAACACACAGAUUCGUACCAGGUUUGUAUUAAUGGAGUUCAAAUGAUAAGCCACUCAGCGACACUUACUGUAAGUUGCAGUAUUUUUGUGUGAUGUUGCUCUUUUUCUUAAUAGUUUGCUUUUUUUUAAAAAAAAAUUCCAAUUUUGAUACGACUGCAGUCAGAUCCUUUUUCCUGACUUUAUGUGGUGUGUAGUUUUGGUAUUUCCCUUAUUACAGUCUCUUUAUUUUAAUUUUUCAAUUAAAGGCUGUUAAAUAUCA